GCUGCCCCUUGCCCUGCUCUCGGCUGGGGGCGGCUUGGGUGAGGCGAGGGCCGCGCUUCCUCCUCCCGGACAAAGGUGCCAGGUGUCGCCCCGCCCCUCAUUGUGCGGUGGGCGCCGUUGCCAGGCCGCCCCGCCCCGGCCAGCGGGCAGCUGCUGCACUGUCUGGGAGCCCGCAGCAGCCGCCGCCUCCUGCGGCCCCGCUCUCCGCCCUCGCCCGCAGGACAGCCCUCGCCCAGGCGGCUCCAGGAUGGAGGGCGAUCGGCUGGAGCCCGCUGUUACCAUUAAGAAUAUUGAACGAGAGCUCAUCUGCCCAUCAUGCAAGGAGUUAUUUACCCAUCCACUGAUCCUCCCUUGUCAGCACAGUAUCUGUCACAAAUGUGUAAAAGAAAUUCUCUUCUUCACACUUGAAGACUCUUUCACUGAUCUAGGCUCUGAAUCCUCCAAUCAAAGUAGCCCUCGUAUUCGAAUCCAUUCUCCUAGUUUGGAUAGAAUCGACAGGCUUAAUAGAUCAGGACUUGCCAUCUAUACAGGCUGGAAACGCAAUUCACUGACUCCUAGGACAACCAUUUUUCCUUGUCCUGGCUGCCGGCAUGAUGUGGAUCUGGGAGAACGUGGCAUCAAUGGCUUAUUUCGAAAUUUCACCCUGGAAACUAUUGUGGAAAGAUACAGGCAGGCAGCCAGGGCAGCCACUGCUAUUAUGUGUGAUGUCUGCAAACCUCCACCUCAAGAAUCUACAAAGAGUUGCAUGGACUGCAGUGCAAGCUAUUGCAAUGAAUGCUUCAAAAUAUAUCAUCCUUGGGGAACUGUAAAAGCCCAGCAUGAGUAUGUAGGACCAACCACUAACUUCAGGCCCAAGAUCUUGAUGUGUCCAGAACACGAAAUGGAGAGGGUAAACAUGUACUGUGAAAUUUGCAGAAGGCCAGUGUGUCAUCUUUGUAAAUUGGGUGGGUCUCAUGCAAAUCAUAGAGUAACAACCAUGAGCACUGCCUACAAAACUCUAAAGGAAAAACUUUCAAAGGACAUAGAAUACCUCAUUAGUAAGGAGAGCCAGGUGAAAGGUCAAAUUUCUGAACUGGGUCUUCUAAUGAAAGAAACAGAGUGCAAUGGUGAAAGAGCUAAAGAAGAAGCAUCUAAUAACUUUGACACGCUGUUUGAUGUUUUGGAAGAGAGGAGAUCAGCUGCUCUGAGGGCAAUUGAGGCGUCCAAGAAUUUAAGACUAGAGAAACUCCAAACCCAAAUAGAAGAAUAUCAAGGACUUCUGGAAAACAAUGGUCUUGUGGGAUAUGCUCAAGAAGUACUUAAAGAAACAGACCAAUCUUGCUUUGUUCAAACAGCAAAACAGCUCCAUGUUAGAAUUCAAAAAGCUACUGAAUCUCUGAAGAGUUUCAGGCCAGCAGCUCAAACUUCUUUUGAAGACUAUGUGGUGGAUAUAACAAAGCAAGAAGAGGUUCUUGGAGAUUUGUCCUUUUACUCCAGUGGUCUAGAUGUACCAGAGAUCAAUGAGGAGAGGAGCAGAAUGUAUAAUAAAGCUUUGAUCUGUUGGGAACAUCUAGUGAAGGAAGAUUCAGCUGAUACCUAUAUCCUUGAAUACCGUAAACUUAAUAGAGAAGAGGAGAAUGCAACAUGGCAAGAGAUUGAAGCCUGCAGCAAGAGUAAAGUCAUCUCUGACCUUGAAAAUAACAGCAGCUAUACCUUUAGAGUCAGAGGAUAUAAAGGAUCUAUCUGUAGCCCCUGGAGCAGGGAAGUUAUUUUACACACACCUCCAGCUCCAGUCUUUAGCUUUCUUUUUGAUGAUAAAUGUGGCUACAACAGUGAACGUCUCAUGCUGAAUCCAAGGAGAACCUCUGUGGAAAGUAGGGCUGGAUUUCCUUUGCUGCUAGGGGCUGAACGUAUCCAAGUGGGGUGUUACACAACUCUGGACUACGUCAUUGGAGACACUGGAAUCACAAAAGGGAAGCACUUUUGGGCUUUUCAUGUGGAAUCUUAUUCAUACUUGGUGAAAGUGGGAGUUGCAUCUAACACUAAACUACAAGAAUGGCUCCAUAAUCCCCGUGAUGUAACCAGCCCAAGAUAUGAACAAGACAGCGGUCAUGACAGUGGGAGUGAAGAUACCUGCUUUGACUCAUCACAGCCUUUCACAUUGAUUACUUUAGGCAUGAAUAAAUUCUUUAUUCCCAAGGCACCUACUGCUCCCAAAGAUUCUGCAAAUAGAAUUCUUCCAAUGCCAUCUUGUAUAGGAAUCUGCCUUGACUGUGACAGAGGCAAAGUUGGAUUCUAUGAUGCAGACCACAUGAAAUGCCUCUAUGAGCGCCAGGUAGACUGCUCUAGUACAAUGUAUCCAGCCUUUGCAUUAAUGGGGAGUGCAGGAAUUCAUCUUGAGGAAGCCAUCACAGCAAAGUAUUUGGAAUACCAAGAUGAUAUAUAGUGCAAAUAUCUACUGGUACUGUUUUUGAGAUGAAAAAUGUGAGCAGAAGGAUCUGCCUUAGCAUUAAGUCUUGAUUAAUUACAUCAUAUCUCCUAAGUGCUUUUGCUGCACUCAUGCUUUUGGGUCAUUUUUUAAUCGUAGAAACAAAAAUUGUUGUCCAACCUCUUCCGCCUUUUUACCAACUUAUAUUGCCCAUAAGGACAUUCUUCCAGUCGCCCUCCUGCCUUUCUUUGAUUGUGUGGUGAAACUUGCUCCUCAGAGUUUGAUUAGCAACCUAAUUGUCUUUCAGGAGCUGGAAACCUGUUGGUUAUAUAAUUUAUAUCCUUACUUAGCUGGCUCUGCUGGUUUCACUUUUGUUUUUUUUAAUGGAGUCAGGGCCCACAUAAUAGUGCAUUUAUUGUGAUUAUCUUGUAUGCGUCCUUUUAUUUUAAAAGAAGCUUGUCUGAAUGAAUUUGAGUGGUCAAGCAUUUUUGUAACUGACUCAUGAGCACCAGUGAGAUGGAUUUUUCUGUGCUAAAUAAUGUUUGCACCAAUAGAAAAUGCAAAGCAGUAGGAAAUCAAAACUGCACUAAAUAGGUUAUAUUUGGGGUGUGUGUGUGUGUGUGUGGGGGGGUAAUUAUUAUAUCUGAUAUACAUUUAGAUUGACUAUAAGCUAAAAUUAUGACUUCCAGAAACUGGUGGAUAACUGUACAAGUGGUAAAUAAUGAGGUUCUUAAAUAUCCCUUACUAUCCCAGGUUUUUAGUAUGGACUGUAUAAAGUAUAUUUUUAAAAGUGCAAUUUGUCUUGAAACAUUGGUCUUCAAUGUCUAUGAAGCUCAGUUAUCUGCAUGUAAAAUAAUGGCUCCUGGUCUUUUGCUGGGAAAAAAACAAAUGAACUGGCACAAAUGAUAAAAUACAUAAACAACUUUUUAAUUAAAAAAAUCAGGUCUUUCUGUUAAUACAUGUUUUGUAAGUUAAUGUUGUCUUCAAUAAAGGAUUGUUUUUUCGUAAGAAUGUGUUAGAAAAAUGCACUGAUUACAUUUGAGACUUUCUUUCUUUGCCUUAAUGUGUCUGUUUAGCUCAAACAUUUGCUUGUUGUUGUAUUAAAAUUUUUUAAUGUUGCAGUGUUUGUAUGUUUGAAAGCAGUUUGUGCAAAAAUGGUGUAAAUAUCUGCACUGUUACCAUAGCUCAUAAGAAACAUGCAUCUCUAAAAUUGAAAAUAUUCCUGAAAUAUAAGAUAUUUAAUAACUCACUGUUCUUGUUUGGUUGUGAUUGUCUGUCUUGAUGGAUGUAAAGAGUAAAUAUGUGAAGUACAUUUAUUAAGUAUAUAGUAUUUAAGUAAAUACUUAAAUGGAACCUGAAAAUCAGUGUUUUUUUUUAUCCAAGAUUGAGGGUAUUAAUCAUUCUGGAUCAUAAACCUAAAUGAAUGCAAGGUAAAGUUAGUUUUAUUUGAGAUUUGCCACAUAUGCCAGAACUUAUUUAUUAGAUAGUGACUAAUAAAUAGACUACUAUAAAAGGCCAAUAUGCCUGUCAACUGAACUAUGAUCCAGCUUCUGACAUUGCUAUUAUAUGCGUCUCCUCAUUAUUUGAAUUAAAAAUUGUUUUGCACUGGGAAUUACUUGAAUACUUUGGACACUUUAAUACAGUAAUAAAUGGUGCUUGCUCCUUCAGUGUAUUAAACAGAAAACAUACUACCUUGACUGUACAGAGGCAAACGGUUUUCCAUUUUUCACAAUAAUUGAAAAAGUGUCAUCUUCUAAAAACACAGUUCAGUGACACUUGCCUAUCCAAAUAUUUUGAAACUAAUUUCUUGCUACAAAAUAGCACUUUACAAUGUAGACAAAGCUAAGAAUUGUGUGGUAUGUUUGGAUCAUUAUGCAAUAUAGCUGCUAAACAAACAAAACUGUUGGUGACUACUGUGGUCUGCAAAGUUCUAUACAGUAUAGGCGUAAAUCAUGGAAGAUGCUUUUCUUAAACAUCUAAAGCUUUAACCAGAAUAUAUUUGAACAAGACCUUCUUGUUCUUAAGUGUAAAUGUAACUUCACUUUGGUUUUGCUUUUUUAAAAUAAAAACUGAAAAGUAA